GGGGACCCCAGACUGAGUGAGGCUACAGAUUAGCGCCUGAAUCCAGACUGUGGGAAGCCACCAUUCUUCUAGGUCCUGAGUGAUCUAGAAGCUUUAGAUCCUAAGUUUCAAGAGCCAUCUUUCCUCUCAUUUAACGUCUUCCUGCUUAUUUAAUCUUUCUAAUACUGUAGAACUAACGGGUGUCUUUGAAGCUGUUAAUCAGGCAAACUCCUGGGCACUCCAAUUGCGGGGUCCUCACGGCCUUCUCUGCUGCUUCAGCUUCGGUCCGGAGAGGACCCGGCACCGAAUCGCUGACCCGCAUAGGUGUUGGGAAAAUGAUCCACAGUCUAUUUCUCAUAAACUGUUCUGGUGACAUAUUUCUAGAGAAGCACUGGAAGAGCGUUGUAAGCCAGUCUGUCUGUGAUUAUUUCUUUGAAGCUCAAGAGAAAGCUGCUGAUGUUGAGAAUGUACCACCUGUCAUUUCAACCCCUCACCACUACCUCAUCAGUAUCUACCGGGAUAAGCUCUUCUUUGUGUCUGUCAUACAGACGGAAGUGCCACCUCUCUUCGUAAUUGAGUUCUUGCAUCGAGUUGCUGACACUUUUCAGGACUACUUUGGUGAGUGUUCAGAGGCUGCAAUUAAGGAUAAUGUGGUCAUUGUAUAUGAACUCUUGGAAGAAAUGUUAGACAAUGGAUUUCCACUGGCUACAGAAUCUAACAUUUUGAAAGAACUGAUUAAACCACCAACAAUUCUACGUUCUGUUGUCAACUCUAUUACAGGCAGUAGUAACGUUGGGGAUACACUCCCCACCGGGCAGCUGUCCAACAUCCCAUGGCGUCGGGCAGGGGUAAAGUACACCAACAACGAAGCCUAUUUUGAUGUCGUUGAAGAAAUAGAUGCAAUUAUAGAUAAAUCAGGAUCUACAGUCUUUGCAGAAAUUCAGGGAGUCAUUGAUGCUUGCAUUAAGCUAUCUGGAAUGCCUGAUCUCUCCCUUUCUUUCAUGAACCCACGACUCCUGGAUGAUGUCAGCUUUCACCCCUGCAUCCGGUUCAAGCGUUGGGAAUCUGAAAGAGUUUUAUCAUUUAUUCCUCCAGAUGGAAAUUUCCGACUCAUAUCAUACCGUGUCAGCUCACAAAAUCUAGUGGCAAUACCAGUGUAUGUGAAGCAUAAUAUCAGCUUUAAGGAGAACAGUUCAUGUGGCAGAUUUGAUAUAACAAUUGGACCAAAACAGAAUAUGGGAAAAACUAUUGAAGGAAUUACAGUGACAGUUCACAUGCCAAAAGUUGUGCUGAAUAUGAACCUGACACCAACUCAAGGCAGCUACACAUUUGAUCCAGUCACCAAGGUACUAACAUGGGAUGUGGGAAAAAUUACUCCUCAGAAGCUCCCAAGUCUUAAAGGACUGGUAAAUUUACAGUCUGGAGCACCCAAGCCAGAAGAGAACCCAAGCCUCAAUAUACAGUUCAAGAUCCAGCAGCUUGCUAUUUCAGGCUUAAAAGUAAACCGCUUGGACAUGUAUGGGGAGAAGUAUAAGCCAUUUAAAGGAGUCAAAUAUGUCACAAAAGCUGGAAAGUUCCAAGUGAGGACAUGAGAAGAGGCCAAAUUUCUCAAGAUCAGUUUGUUUUCCAAGUGUCAUUACAAUUUAUUACUAUUAGGUACCAAGUGGGUGGGAAUACAUACUCUAGUUAAAGCAUUCGUGUGGAGCUACAUACUGCUAACAAAGUAGCUUAGUAAUUAAAGUAGGGUUCUUAAGGAGCUUUAAGCUAAGGAAACUUUUUUAAUGACUUAGCUUAUUUUGUAUCUUUUCACUUAGGAAGAUUUUGGAAGUGAUUUCUUCCACAGUGGGGUACCCCACCAGGACACUGCACAUUAUAACAGUAAAGGCAGAAAGUUACAGUGAUAAACUCUCCCCAAAACUGGUCUCAUCCAGCAGGAGCGAUCUUAAUCUGCGACAUGAUGUGUCAGGUGCAGCCAACUAUCAUACCUUCUGCUCUUAGCAUCCCAAGUCAGUGUCUCUCCCAACAGAGGAAAUCUCUCCCACCCCAAGAAGUUUACAGAAAACUGCCUCUUCAAGUGUUUGCCUUAUUCAGCUUUUCACUCGUGCCAUUAAGCAAGCACUGUAGCAAAAGCCACUUCCACAUGGCCCUGGCAGGGAGCGUUGCCGCUCCACGCUCCAUUCUCACUGAACUUGGUAUUGUAUUUUUUAUAAAUAAGAUUUUUAUGUAGAGCUCAGAUUUUGAUUUAAGGGACCUUGCUACAGUAAACACCAUCUCCAUUUUGUGCCACUGGUUCAGCUGUUCGCCUAGUAAAUAUCAUUUGUAUCAAAGGGCAAAUGCUUUAUUAAGGUAGUAAAAGGGAACACUACUUCUGCUUUGAAGAAGUUUUUGCAAGCACAAGCAUUUGCGCUUUUAAGCAAAUUAAAGUAGUAAAAGAGAAACUUAAGUGAAA